UUCUUACACAUCUACUUUGGGAGCACGGCCACGGCUGCUCGCAGGCCGCACUGCACCAAGCAACAAUCAACACGUCACCGUACACAGCUAAGCAUUGGCAGGGUAAACCGAGUUAAUAUGGCCGCGCUAAAGCCAAGCACAGUUCUACGUCUCCGUUUUCCCUUGACAUUGUGUGUGAGGACCAUGACGAAGGGUGAUCCGGGCUCAGGGGCCGGACAAGGCGGUGGUACCGGCGGCACAAUCAGGGAUGCCGGCGGCUCCUUCGGCAAGAGGGAGGCGGCGAUUGAGGACCAGUAUUUCAAGAGGCUUGAAGCAGAGCAGCUGGAGAAGAUGAGGAAAGGCCUUAAACAAGAAGUGGAGUUUCACAAAAAGCAAAUCAAGGCUCAUGAGGAGGCCCUGAAGAGGCACAAGCAACGUCUUGAUGAGCUUGAUUAAGUAGUCAACAAAAUGUGUUCAGUUAUUGCCUUGGUCUGUAUGUAAUAUACAUUUUGGACCAGCCCUAGAAAGAAAAUAUGGGUGAAAAGUACUUACAGGUGAUAUAACUGUAAUCUAGUAAAUUGAUUGUGAUAUGUAUAUAAGGCACUGUAGCAUAGGAAUGAGUAUGUCACUAUCUUGAUAACAGAUAACUAAAACUCUGUUCAUUGGUUUGAAGAUUUUCUUGAUAUACUGCCUAGAUGUACAGUUAUUGCAAAAAACUACAUUAAACCCA